AUGGACAUCGCUGAUUCUACUUGGCAGAUCUUGGAGACAUCUAGGUCUUCAAGGUUUCAUCAUUGGUUUCGUCGACUGUUUCGCUCUAAAUCUGCUAAAACCAAAGUAAAUGAUGAAAUUGUUGUCCAGGGUGCAACUGACCUCAACAGCAACUUGGAAUGGGUCAAAUCAGCAGAAGUGCCGAAGGAUGCAGUUUCUUUCAUGGAUGAACAAAAAGAAACAGUUGAAGUCCUCACCUUAAACACUGACUUUAAAAUGCAGCAUUUAAACAUUGUUGAGUAUUUAAUGUCAAGUGUGGUGACGUCAGAAAACCUAGAAGUGCUUAAACAUUUCAAAACUUCCAACAAGAACUGCAAACCGGCCAAACAUACUGUGAAACUGGAUCAAAACAUUGAUAAAAUAACUUCUUACCAAACAGGUAGUACCCAUAAAUUUGGAGCGGAUGUAGAGAUAUCAGUCAAUGUUACACUUCCAAGUAUAGCAAAUAUUGGAGGAAAACUUGGGCUUAAAUAUGACUACAGUCGCCCCCAUUCAAAUACUACGUCAGUUGAGAAAACCCUGCACUCUGUGGGUACAGAGGUGGAGGUUCCACCCAACCAUUCUUGCACCAUUGACAUUAUGAGCAAUACCUUCACGGCUGAAGUCCCGUUUACUGGCGAAAUGACUAGAAUGUACAAAAACAAUGAAAUACGCAAGACCUUCAUCAACGGCAGCUACAUCCAUCAGGAAGUAGCGGAAAUUCAAAUGCUUGUGAUUCCCUGCAAACCACUCUCUGAAUUAAGGAAAUGUCAGUCCAAGCAUAUAUAA